UGUGACAUGCUCGGUAAGCUGCCAUCCUGCCAGAUAAUUCCUCGUAUUUUUGCACUACGAAGCUUCUGCUGCUAUCCUGGAAUAUUGUUGUUUUGUGUAAAUUGGUAUCAUUCUUACAAGUUCUGCUGUAAGCUGGAUGAGCGAGAAAUGUUCUUCUUCCUUUUUGAUAUUCACAGUCACCGAUCGUGUUUCUACACGACAAGGAUCUCCUGGUUUCGGGAUCGGAGAGCCACAGAUUUUAAGCAGUUGAGCUUGAGGAUGUGCGGCCAAGCGCUUGUGGUCUAUACAUUUACCGAGGUAAAAAUGAGUGGUGAGGGUUGGGAUGCUGUGUGAGGUCGCGGUAGAUGGAACCUCGGUAGCUUCCCUCGUUUGUAAACCCAUCUUGUGAAAUCUCGAGUUUUAUAAAUUCGUAAACCUUUAUUAGCUGCUUCUUGUUAUUGUGAUGUAGUUGUAGUUUCAUAAUGUCAGAUGUAACCUUGAAGUUUUGGAUUUUUAUUAGUUUUGAUUUUCUCGAGGUAAAUGAAUGUUGGAUUCGGUUUUCAGGCUGUAAUAGUAGCUUAGACUUUUUAUAUCGCUCUCUACCUAUUGUGGAUGGAAUAGUUGUGGGAAUAGUUGUGAUUGUUUCUCUA